AUGGAAGAUAAACCAGGAGGAAAGGAGGAGUUGGGCAGGGGCCAGGAAGGAGGAGUAGGAGGCCAGAUAACCUACUGUGUUACAGGAGCAACAGGAUAUGUAGGAUCAUGGCUGGUGAAAUCUCUCCUAGAUAAAGGCUACCGUGUUCAUGCCACUGUCCGGGAUCCUGAGAAAGCUUGGCACUUUUUGAAGAAGUGGGAGGGAGGAGAGCGAUUGAGACUAUUUAGAGCCGAUUUAUUCGAAGAAGGGAGCUUCGAUGAUGCUGUGAGAGGUUGCCAUGGCGUGUUUCAUGUGGCAGCAACAAUGCAGUUUUCUGUUCCUGUUGAAGAGAAUGUUGAGAGUCAUGUGCAAACAAGUAUCAUCAAACCUGCAAUUAAGGGAACCUUGAAUGUUCUCAAAGCUUGCUUGAAGAGUAAUUCCGUGAGAAGGGUUGUUUUUACAUCUUCCAUAAGCACCAUUACUUCGAAAAAUGGAUCGGGUAAAUGGAGAGACAUUGUUGAUGAGUCCUGCAAGAUUCCUAUGGAUCAAGUCUGGAAAAAUAGACCGAGUGGCUGGGUCUAUUUAUUGGCAAAGCUUUUAACAGAAGAAGCAGCAUUUCAAUUUACCAAGGAAAAUGGAAUUGAUCUAGUAUCUGUGAUAAGUACAGCUGUUGCAGGUCCAUUCCUCACUCCGACUGUUCCAACAAGCAUUCAAGUUCUCCUGUCACCACUAACAGGUGACGGUCAAUUGUUACCAAUCGUUGAUGCUGUAAACGCUAGGAUGGGAUUGAUUCCUUUAGCUCACAUUGAUGAUGUAAGCAGGGCUCACAUUUUCCUCAUGGAGCAUUCUGGAGCAGAAGGACCAUAUAUAUGCUGCUCAGGGAGUAGUGGGAUUGCUGAACUUAUUGAUUGCUUGAUCAAAGCAUAUCCUUUCUCCAACUUGAAGAGGCCUGAGACGGAUGAGUGCAAGUCGAUCCCAGUUGAAAUAUCUACGAAGAAGUUAAGAGGUUUGGGGUUCGAGUUUAAACAUGAUGUGCAGGAUAUAAUCCAUCGAACUGUUGAAGAAUGUAUGGCUUGUGAGUUUCUCAAACCAUCUCAAAACAACCAUGCCACUAAACACACUGAGAAUAUUAAGGAUCCAACGUGUAAUCUUCACAUUGCUCCGGCAGUUCCCACAUUUGAUCUUGCUGAUGCAACAGUGCCCCCGAAAAAGCUGAAAAUUAAGGGAAAUCACAUUACGGUUCUAUCAUCCUUGUUCGCGAUACUAUCAGUGAGAUAA